UGGGGUCGACGUUUCUCUUGACCUUCCCUUCUUCGUCUGCUCUCCCAUGGUCACCCUCGUUGACGAUGAUCGACUUGAUCAAUGUGAAAGUGAAGCCGUAUCGGUACUGCUAUAAUGAGUCACUGUACGUGUGAUAACAGGGCGGUCGUCGUGUUUCGAAUUUUUUCGUAGGAGAUUGCGGAUCGGAGUAGCACGAACAUGCGCAUGUAGCGAUCGUAGAUGUUGAGAGAUCCUUGGAGGACGUGUACGUGUUGAGACAGAGACAGCUGCAAGCUAGAAGAGGGAAUGGGACGGGGGGGUCACUCCUCUGGAGCUUAAGGCGAAUCGUAGAGCGGGCUAGCAGAGGAUGAUCAGUAGCACCGGCAGCUGGAGCAGAUGUCGUAUGGACUUGACUUCGGCCCCGCCUGUGGGACCCGAGGAGCCUGGAGCUCAUGAUCUGCUACGGCUUUAAGUAUUACGCCGACAUGAAGUCAAUUCGCAUAACCUGAACGGUGGAGAGGCUGAGAGGCUGUUGUUGGUGCUGCAUGGAGUGGGGCUUCGGUUGCGGGAAGGUGGGCAGGCAUGAGGCCAGAGCAUGAUGAGCUUAACGGGCACCUACUGCGGCCGAUCCUGAAAUUUUUAAGCCCUCACCGAAGACAAAAAAAUCCAAUUGCAAACUGUUUGUGAUAAAAGCGCUCCGAGACUCACUUCUCUUUACCAACAACGAAGCACGUGAUUGCAUGGUCGUGCAGCCAGUUGUCAGCGACGCACAGUCAGUGGGUUCGGACGAGUGAACUGUCGCAGUCGUUGAACACAAUGGCUUACGCUGCCAGAGGAAGCGUUGCAUCAGAGAGAUUGAAGGCGGUGUGGCCUCUCGCGCCCUUGUUAUUCUCUUUGUUCUUGCAUGUGGCAGCCUAUUCCUCGGCACUUCCUUCAGUCAUCGACGUCCUUGUCGGAGCUUUUUGCAACGGGCAAAAUGAGUGCAGUGAGGUUAUUUUCUUGGCUGGGCUGCAGACCGUGUUCACUGGGAUCGGGGCAAUUUUUGUGGCACCUCUCCUUGGGAGUUUAUCAGACGAUUAUGGACGCAAACCUGUGAUUCUAUUGGUUAUGUCCGGGAGCAUUGUGCCAGCAAUUAUACUUGCCUACAGCAGAGAAUCAACAUACGUUUACAUAUGGUGGGGGCUGAACUGUAUUAGUGGCAUGCUACGAGAAGCCGGUUUGCUGUCGAUUACUUUCGCCUUUGUGGCGGACGUAGUUCCCGAGGCCAGACAACGAGCACCUGCCAUUGGCAUCGCAAUGUCAUCGAUCUCAAUCGGAUUACUCGUGGGGACUUUACUCGCACGAGUUAUAAGCACCCUCCAGGUUUUCAAACUCUCUGCAGUCCUCCACAUUGUAACGGUUGUCAUCCUCAAGCUUUUCGUGGUCGAGUCCCACCCCAGGCACACUACUCAGCCAACAUCAGAUGUGGACAGCGAGAAGCUCGUUUCGUUAAUGCCCAAAACAAAUACGACGAGCAUGUUGAGAGAAACAAUCCUUGCUGUUCGUAGCAGUAAACUGCUGAGAACUGUGGCGGCGGUAGCUUUCAUGGUCCACGUCGCCGAAGCAAUUUUUUCAUCUACUCUUCUUUACUAUUUGAAAGCUGAGUUCGGGUUCGGCAAAGAUGAAUUUGCCCAGUUCAUGGUUCUCAUGGGGAUAGCUUCCAUCAUUUCUCAGAUGCUUGUGUAUCCUGUCCUGGCACAUUUCAUCGGAGAGCGUGGAGUUUUGUGGGUCGGUCUACUUGGAAGUGCUGUGAAUUGCUACUUGUACGCGUUCGCGUGGGCAGAAUGGGUUCUCUACUUUUCCUGUUCGCUAGGAAUAAUUUUUGCACUAGUCCCCGCAGCUAUUGGUACUAUUGUGUCGAGAGGAGCAGAUCCAGAACAACAGGGUAAAGUGCAAGGAUUAGUUGUUUCUGUUAAAACCGUGGCCAGUGUUAUUGGCCCGAUAGCCGUGACACCAUUGACAGCUGCAUUUCUGUCCGACAACCCACCAUUCAAUUGUCCCGGCUUCACGCUCAUAAUCGGUGGAACUGCCGUGGUCGUGGCAUUGCUCAUAUCUCUAACCCUACCACGGCUCCCUAUGCCGGACACCUGCUUCCAUACAACAAACCCAACACCAACAAGCGAUUACGUGACUGUCACAACGUCGGAUGAUGGGGAGGCCGAAAACGAGAAAGAGAGACAAGUUUUGGUAGAGCCUUAGGAACGCAGCUCAACAUUGUAACAUAAGGCCUUUCGAAAGGUCCAUUCGAGCGUCCUGUAUGGACAAUGUCAGCAGUAAGUAAUGUCUGGUAAGUAAGAGAGGCAGGAGAGAAUUUUCCCCACGCCCGCCUCUUGGUGCAUUGUGUACAGAUUGAAAUCAACCUCCCACCUGAUCAACCUACUAGGAAGCUAUCUGUGCAUGAAAACUUUAAAUGUUUCUAUUGUAUCAUAACAACGGACGGAUAUUCAAGGGCUAUCUUACCAAGUGAGUCCCUUUCCGGUCUAGGGGCUUUGCUUUGUAGUCCGCCAUGGGUUUCAUCCCAACACUCUAGGCCAAUGUAAUUGUACCUUUAUGAAAAAAUGGCAUACUGAUGAAGCGUGAGACGC